AUGUCCGUCGACUUUGGUCCCAUCCCACUACCACAUUCACCUCUCCAGGACUACUUCGACCGGAAAUACCGUAGGACUAGCGAGACUACAUCAGCUGCUUCCUCUGCUGUUACUUCGCCGCUGGGUGACUGUUCGGUGGUUGAGCAGCACCUCGUCAAAGCUCUUGCUGAUCUGGCGAAGAAACAAAAUAUCGAAGCGACCAUCUUGUCCAGCAGAGAGCAGCGCGACGAACAUCCUCACUUUGGAGCAGAUGAAAGCACACAGCGCCGGGAAUCUCUCGCAACGUCUUCAGGGUAUGCGGCUGCACUGGCGACCGGACUCAUGAAGCGACGCCGUGGCCAGACUGGAGCAGAUGCUGCGUCUCGUCGGCCGUGA